AUGGGGCAUGCGGCGACCUCAGCGGUGAUCAGCACUGUCGAACCCGGCACAGAGGGCGGAGUGGAAGAGGAGGUCUUCCAGAGCAAGGAGCUCAUGAGUAUGGUUGUUAGUCUAUCGGACAUGUCCAUCACCGACCUCUCCCGCUUUGCUUUGGUCUGUCGGCGGUGGCGGGACGUGGCGCGAGACCCGCUCUUUCCCUUCCGGCUGAGCCAAGCCCUUUGCGUCGGCACCAUCGAAAAGGACGUCCGGCCAGAGUUCGUCUGGCUCUCCACACUCCGCAGCGAGAGGGUGGUUUCUGCGUCGGCUGGAGGCAGUCAUUGCCUGUUCCUGACCAGCUCGGGCCGCGUCUACGGGAUGGGGACCAACGCCCAGGGGCGGCUCGGUUUGAAUCACAGCGUGCACGCGUGUCGAUCGCCCGAAUUCGUGAGCUCGCUCGGUAAGCCGGGCAAGGUGUUCGCCUUCGGCAGCAACACAAACGGAGAGCUCGGUCUGGGGACCAACACGUCGCCCGUGACGCCUGUCAUCCUGGGCCAUGGGGACGAGGCGUGCCUGAUGACACCCAAGCCGAUCGCUGUGAGCGAACAUGAUGAGCAGCUCUACGCGUGGGGCCGGAACGAGCACGGCGAGCUCGGCCGGAAGGACAAAUCGAACCAAUCCCUGCCCACGCCACUGAAGGUGGGGCAAGGCGAACCCAUCGAUUCCAUCACAACGGGGACGUGGCACUCGCUGGUACUCACUAAGGAAGGAUGCUGCUACACGUUUGGCACGGGGCGAGCCAGCCUGGGCAGCAAGGAUACGGCCUGGCAGCCCACGAUCGUGCCCGGUCUGGAGGACCAGAAGGUGAUAGCCAUGGCCGGCGGCGAUGAUCACAGUCGAAUAGGAAGACAUAACGGAGACGCACUGACCCGCGCCGAGCGCCUGGGAGGUGGGCUUGGCAACAAGGGCCGACCGUUCGCCGUCACCGCCGGCGACAACUUCAGCGUGGUGCUUCUCUAA